GGAUGCCGCGGAGCCCGAGAGACGGCGGCGAGCGGGGGGAGGGGGUCGCGACCCGACUGAUCGGCGGCAGCAGCGCGACAGUCGGCCCGCGAUCGGGGGGAGGGGACCGAUCCCCGGGGCCCGACCGGCCCGCAGGAGCCUCCGCGUUGGAGCUUUCUGAAGCAUGAGGAGAGCCCCCCGCCAGUGACCCAAACAUGGCUGACAAGAGGAAAUUGCAAGGUGAGAUCGAUCGGUGUCUGAAGAAGGUCUCCGAGGGGGUGGAGCAGUUUGAGGAUAUUUGGCAGAAGCUCCACAAUGCAGCCAACGCCAACCAGAAGGAGAAGUAUGAAGCCGACCUGAAGAAGGAGAUCAAGAAGCUCCAGAGGCUGAGGGACCAGAUCAAAACGUGGGUGGCUUCAAAUGAGAUCAAAGACAAGAGGCAGCUGAUAGACAACCGGAAACUCAUUGAGACGCAAAUGGAGCGGUUCAAGGUGGUGGAGCGGGAGACCAAGACCAAAGCCUACUCCAAGGAGGGGCUGGGCCUGGCGCAGAAAGUCGACCCUGCCCAGAAGGAGAAGGAAGAGGUUGGCCAGUGGUUAACGAACACCAUCGACACGCUGAACAUGCAGGUGGAUCAGUUUGAGAGCGAGGUGGAGUCACUGUCUGUGCAGACACGCAAGAAGAAGGGGGACAAGGAUAAGCAGGACCGGAUCGAGGGGCUGAAGCGGCACAUCGAAAAGCACCGGUACCACAUCCGCAUGCUGGAGACCAUCCUGCGCAUGCUGGACAACGACUCCAUCCAGGUGGACUCGAUCCGCAAGAUCAAGGACGACGUGGAGUAUUACGUGGACUCCUCACAGGACCCUGACUUCGAGGAGAACGAGUUUCUCUACGACGACCUCGACCUAGAAGACAUUCCGCAGGCUCUGGUAGCCACCUCCCCGCCCAGCCACAGCCACUUGGAGGACGAGAUCUUCAACCAGUCCAGCAGCACUCCCACCUCCACCACCUCCAGCUCGCCCAUUCCGCCCAGCCCUGCCAACUGCACGACGGAGAAUUCGGAAGAUGACAAGAAGAGGGGGCGGUCGACAGACAGCGAGGUCAGUCAGUCUCCCGCAAAGAACGGUUCAAAAAGUGUCCACAACAACCAUCCCCCACCCUCGCCGGCCGUCACCCCCAGCUACCAGCUGGGCAGCAGCUCCAGCACCUCGUCCUCGCUGGGCAACGGCCCGGGCUCCAGCAGCAACGGAGCCGUGUCCAACAGCAGCGGGGGCGCCGGGGCCAAGGCCGUCACAGCCACCGGUCACAUGCCCAGCACCCCCACCCCCUACGCCCAGGCCGUCGCGCCCCCGCCCCCCGGUGCCAACGCCUCGCAGCCCCGGCCUCCCAGUGCCCAGCAGAACGCCAGCAAGCAGAACGGAGCCACCAGUUACAGCUCCGUGGUGGCUGACAGCACAUCUGACUCUGUUAUUGGCAGCAGCGGCCCAGCGCUCCCCAGCCAGCCGGUGGCCCACAACCUGCCCAGCAGCGCUGCGAAAGAGCCCAGUGGAGCCCCCGUGCCCCCCAGUGCCAGCUCUGGCCUCCUAGUCCCCAUGACAGUGAAUACCCCGAGCUCCCCGACCCCUUCCUUCUCCGAGGCCAAGCCGAGCCAGCCACUGCUCAACGGGCCACCUCAGUUCAGCUCCACGCCAGAAAUCAAGGCGCCUGAGCCCCUGAGCAGCUUGAAAUCCAUGGCAGAGCGAGCAGCCAUCGGAGCCAGUAUAGAGGACCCAGUGCCAUCUCUCCACCUGUCUGAAAGGGACAUUUUAAUUAGUAGCACGACCUCGCAGCCGGCCUCCAGCCAGCCGCCUAUCCAGCUGUCAGAGGUGAACAUCCCUCUCUCCCUGGGGGUCUGCCCCCUGGGACCGGUGCCCCUCACCAAGGAGCAGCUCUACCAGCAGGCCAUGGAGGAGGCAGCCUGGCACCACAUGCCUCACCCCUCGGACUCAGAGAGGAUCCGGCAAUACCUGCCCCGGAACCCCUGCCCGACCCCCCCUUACCACCACCAGAUGCCUCCGCUGCACUCGGACACCGUGGAGUUCUAUCAGCGGCUCUCAACGGAGACGCUCUUCUUCAUCUUCUACUAUCUGGAGGGUACCAAGGCGCAGUACCUGGCGGCCAAAGCCCUGAAGAAGCAGUCGUGGCGCUUCCACACCAAGUACAUGAUGUGGUUCCAGCGGCACGAGGAGCCCAAGACCAUCACGGAUGAGUUUGAGCAGGGUCACGAAUACAUAACUACUUCGACUAAUGAGAAAUGGGGCCAAGCGGAAAGAAGGAAAGACGGUUCACCUUUCGAGUACCAUCAGCUACUAGAAGACCGCGAUCUGCAGUGACACGCUGCUCACCACCCGCAGGGGGCGCCAGCCCUUCUAGAGUCCACGCGGGCGGGACAUCGGGACGAACAGGAGGGGAGGGGGACGAGAGGCCAAGCU